CUUCGAAGUAAUUUUGGAGGUUUCAAAAUGCUAAGUAAAUUCGGGCCCAAGGCCCAACAACGAUCGAAGACAUGGUGACUUGUGAUAACGAGGGCUCGUCUCACGGCGGGUUCGUACUGGGCGGUCGCGAGGAUGACACUCGCCGUUCCCGUGCGCCGAGCGUUUCCUCGCUUUCUCUCUAUAAGCAGAAGAUCGACGCCCUCUUCGAUGACACCCGCUCGGUGACAAGCCUACCUCGCUAUGGGGCCACUGAUGUUGUUAGAAGAGAUAGCAAAGUGAGCUUGAUACAUGACCAUCAGGCACUGAUAUACGAAGACGACGAUGAUUACUGUCAUAGGAUCAUGAAAAAGAUCGAUGGCUCCGUUCAGGACCGUGUUUCGAAGAUGUUCGCUGACAUGCAUAACGAGCCUAGACAAAUACCCGACAAUAUUGGCGUUCACGUAUUCAGUGUACAUUAUCUUGGCUCAACACCUUUGCAAAGUAAAGUCACCAGUUUAUCUGGUCUUCAAACACCACUUAAAGACUUAUAUUUCGCCUAUAGAAGAAACUUUCGCCACAAAACAACGUUAACGGGCAGAUUAGAAAUAUCUAAUAGUGGUUUAAAAGUAAGAUAUAAAGGAGAUAAAGGGGAUUUGGAACAACUCAAUCCGUUCCCAACGAUAGCUGUGUGGUCCGCAGUAAAGUUUGUCGUACAACGCUCCGAUGACGAUGACAACGAUUUGAGUUACGCUUUUAUGCCUCUAAUAACCGAUCCGGAUAACAUCGAUCGACAUGCAUUAUUCAGAACAUUAGAUACACCGGACAAAAAAUACAUCCUCUCCCACAACGAGAACUCGCAUUCGCCGCUUUUCGCUGUAGUGAUGAGGAAGAUCGGAGUAGCUAAACAACUGGAGUGUCAUGGGUUUGUAUGUCAAACGUCAGAAGACGCCAUCGUUAUAGCGGCGACGUUAUACAAAUCUCUUAUGUCACACAUGAACCGCCAAGGUCAUUCUGAUAAAAAUAAAUUCAAAAAUCGUAACGGCGUCAGCUGCAUGAGUAUAACUAGCAGUGUCCCAGACCGCGACACUCCGAUCCGGCCUCCGCGGAAAAAGCGAAGCACUUCGUCUUUAAGUGGAGACAGUGACAGAGCUGACGGAUUCUCGGCGAGUGGAUCAUUCAGUGAUAAGCCUAGAUUAGAAAGAAAGUCAUCAGCUUCAUCGGAAAACGUAUUGAUAUAUCAUUCGCAGCCAGUUUUAAACUAUGAAUCGAAACGAAUAACGUUAGAAGAAGUUAAGGCCAAAUUAGAUACGAUUAAACAGGAUGCUAGUGGAAGUAAUACGCCUGAACAAAAGAAACCUUUAACACAAGAAUUUAAUACUUCUAAUAACAUUUAUACUAAACAAAAACCACACGGUAGUACUGAAUCUACAGUACGUAGUCAAGUGUCAGAGAAGAUUGAAUUAUUUAGGGAAUUGGAGAGAAGGAAAAGUAUACAAAGGCCACCAACUUUACCACCUCCAAUACCUUCAAAACCACAGCUGCCACCACCGGAGCCACCAACCAAAGAAACAUUAAGACGAACGCAGAGCGGAAGAAAAUCUUUGAGUGAGUCGGGAGACAUUUUGACAAAAGUGGCCAUACCGCGCUCUGGCAGUUUUUUAAAUGCUGGUGGAUUGACUCGCUAUAAGUCUAUAGGACAUAGAAACAACGGUAAGAAAGGAGGCGGCUCACCAUUGGGAUUUAACGAACUGUUUAACGAAUUUAAAGUACAGGAAAAUUUGCAUUCUAUGGAUGAAAUACUCAAUGCCAUAAUAGAUCCCGAAGGAAUGUCCUUUAAUGAUCUGAAACCGAUUUACAAAGAGUUUCUGUUAAAAUUAGCAGUAACAUUAACGAAAGACGAAAUAUUUCAACACAGCAAAGCGAUAAUGAAAAAGCAAAAGAAAAAGAUUUUAAGACGAAAUAAUACUUUCCAAAGCAAAAGAAGAAAGAUAUGUAAAGGAGCUAGUGGACUAAAAAUGGUUUUUAGAUUGCCUUUUAGUAAAGAUAAUAGGAGAAAGGAAACUAAGAAACAAAUAAGUGCUGUAGAAUCAGAAAUAGAGACGAAGGAACCGGUGUCAGAAAGUUCAGUUUCAACGUCCAGUUACGAUAUUAGACAAUUCCGUCCGAAAGAUUCACCACCAAUGAUACAGCCGAAAAGACAAACAAUGAGACAGAGGAAGAGAUCAGAUAAAGUUGUUCACGUAUCGAAAAGGAAUGGAAAAGUUUCGAGACCUGGAGAGAGGACAUCUACAUCAGAAGAUUCUGAUUUUUUGACACUUAGUAAUCGUCUCGGUUGUCAAAACAGGAACAGUUCAAGUGGCUAUGUGUCUUGUUCGGAAUGUGAGUCUGAGAGUUGCGUAGAUCGUUGCUAUUGCUCAUUGAAAGGUGAAUGCAAAACUAAAUGUUACUGUUCUGAAAUUGAACUCGCUAAGGAACCGUCUAAAUCUCGUUUAAUUAGUAAAAGCUGUAAAGAUUGCUCCAAAGAAGUGUACGAUGGAGAUUACAGUUACUGUUCUUGUGAUUCUGAGAGUUGUGAAGAUAGUAACAAAUGUUAUUGCACCAGUCCACGUAGAAAUACUAUGCAAAGUUCCCAGAGCUUGGAAUAUCUGCGCAGCCCCACACAAAGAAGCUACUCGGAUCGAAUGAAGCGUGCCUUCGAUGACUACGAUUAUAAAGUCACUAGAGCGAGGUCAAGUGCUGCGUCAAGUCGUCGUCGCGAGGAGCGAGCGCGGAGAGCGCGCAGCUCUGACAGCCUGGCGCUGGACUACGAGCUGCUGCUGCAGAACAAGCCGCGCGACCUCGCCAGGCGCAACAUGCAGCGUCUUACUGUUCGCAGCACCGGCGCGGGCUCUCACGACGCUCUCAGUGUUAAGAAGUCAGCAGAGAUGGCGGCUCUGUUCGCAGACGUUCGUCUAUCUCAGAGAACUGAUGUGCGGUCUCUGGCCGGGGGGCGAAGGUCCAGGCCUCCGCCCUUGCCGCCGACUCCGCCGCGCAACGCUCCGCAAUUAGCUAGAAUGUUUGAACACAUGCCUCUGAGCAGGAAUGCUAGUCUUGAAGAUACUUUGGGCUAUUUGCCCUAGAUGUAGGUAAGACUGCUAAUAAUUUGAUACGUUAAGAUUAUCUGAAAAUUCUGAA